AUGGACGUUCCUUUGUCACAGAUUUAUAAGUCCAAUUCAAAACUAUUUACCUUUGAGCCUCUUAACCUAUUCCAAAAUCAGCUGAAUAAUAAAAUUGAGCACAGAAGAAAUGAAAGAGUUAGCACAAAAUUGAAAAGACCAGCUACAACCGCAAUGAGAAAGCAGCAAUCUUCUAUAAAUUUGUCGCAUGAUUUAAUACGAAGUAAGGAUAGGCUUGCAAAUGUUUCGAGUUUCAGAAAACUCAUGAAUUCUAAGUCCCAAUUUAAUGAUUUCACACCGAAAUAUAAACCUCAUUUAUUUGCUAAAAAGAAAGCUGUCAUAACUCUAAAAAAAGAAGUUGAAAGAAAAAGCACCGAAAUUCCUAUGAUCAGGCAUUCCCUACGAAUUGCAUUUGGAAUUCCAACUGAGCUGCAAAAGCAUGAAAUUAGCAAAGCUAAAAUGGAAAUGCUUAAAAUAGUUAUAAAGACUCCUAAGCUAGAAAAUGAAAUUGAUACAUCUUCAGAUGAAGAAAUUUAUGGACCUAAAUAUACUCAUUAA